AUGUCGCUCUGCCACGAGACUUCUUAUGUCGAUGAGUGCCGUGUGUUCGUCUCUAAGCUUGACGUCAUCGUCAAGAAGCUGGAGCCAUAUUUGCAGGAUGCUCACCGUGUCUGCAAGUCGUUCCACAUGUGCUCAAACUCUCGCCUUGAGGCGUUCCACCGAAUUGGACUACUGUACGCAAAGAGGACAUUGAACAAAGUCGAAGGAAUGAAGGAUUUCGUCUGUGACGAAUGCCAAUUCGCCGCUCGUGAACUGAAGAUUAUUGUUGAGGAUAAGGAGAAGCAGCAGGAAAUCCGUGACUUCCUUUCAGAGAACAUCUGCAAGCACAUCCCGCGCUACCAGGGAAUGUGUGAUAUGCUCGUCGAACAGUUCCUUCCUGAGAUGUUCCAGGAGCUCGACACAAUGUUGAAGGACCCCAAAAUGGCCUGCGCUGAUGUUGGUUUCUGCCCGCGUACCAGCCCACCACGCAAGCUGACUGCUGCUUACGAGGAAACUCCAAUUCAUCCGAUGUACGCCUUCUUCCGGGCUGCGAAAACAAUCAAGACACCGACUGGUAGCGUUCUGAUGAGUUGUCUGGAAUGCAAGAUUGCCGUCGAGGAAGCAAUUAACAGCCUUAUCGCCGACAGGAACAACCAGGCCGCCGCCGUCCAGCAAUUUGCUUGCCACAAGCUCUUACCGUCGAACUUCUCUGCCAGCUGUGACGAUUUCCUCAGUCUCUAUCUGCCUACCGUACUCUACAUGACUUGGGAACAGUUCACACCAGAAGGCUUCUGCUCUAACAAAAUAAAGUCAUGUGACUCCGUUUCAAUGUCCCGAAUCGCUUUGCUGUCGAAAUCGGACGUCAAGGGUUUGAGCUGUCAGUCAUGCAGUGGUAUGCAGAGCUAUUUCCAGACAAGGAGGAUCGCUCAGAAACGGCAGGAUUCCAACAGUUCGCUAUUGAUGAAUUGA